CUAGGGCUAGGGUUAGAUUUAGGGUUAGAGUUAGGGUUAGGGCUAGGGUUAGAUUUAGGGCUAGGGCUAGGAUUAGGGCUAGGGUUAGGGCUAGGAUUAGGGCUAGGGCUAGGGUUAGAGCCGUCCCCUGGCUCCGGCUGACUCAGGGUGAGGGUUAGGGCUAGGGUUAGGGCUAGGAUUAGGGCUAGGGCUAGGGUUAGAGCCGUCCCCUGGCUCCGGCUGACUCAGGGUGAGUCACUGCCAAGCUGCAGGCGCAGCGAGCUCUCUCGCACAUUGGCUGCCGGCCGCAGCUCUGGAUGUAGGAGGCUCCGUUCCACGCUCCCCCAGCGCAGCAGCUCUGCUCCCUGCUGCCUCCUCCUCGCCCUCCGUGCAGGAUUGCUGCCUGAGCCCGGGCUCUGCCUCUCGCAGGCGCAGGGAGGAAUCUCCCCCGGCUCCGCUGCAUGCGGGCUGUGGAUGGCCCUGGCUCCUCUCCUGGAGGGGCUCUGCGCUGAUCAUGGACGACUUGGCUCUCCUUGACCUGUUGGAGUGUCCCGUGUGCUUUGAAAAGCUCGACGCCACAGCAAAGGUGCUGCCGUGCCAGCACACGUUCUGCAAGCCGUGUCUGCAGAGGAUCCUGAAAUCCCAGAAGGAGCUGCGGUGCCCCGAGUGCAGGACCCUGGUCCUGGGCAGCAUUGAGCAGCUGCCCUCCAACCUGCUCCUCAUUCGCCUCCUGGAUGGAGUCAGGUGUGGACAGAACGUCACCAGGUUCGGCUCGAUCCAGAGGUCAGGGGUCCUGUCCUCCCCCGCCUCCAUCAGGAGGGUCCCCAGGGGGCUGCAGCUGCAUCAGCACCGGCUGGCAACGAAUCCCAGGCUCCACAUGGAAGGGGUGCCACGAGCCAGGGCCCUGUACACCUACCGCGGGCACAACCCCGGGGAGCUGCGCUUCAACAAGGGGGACACCAUCGCCCUGCUGCGGCAGCUGGAUGAGAACUGGUACCUGGGCGAGCUCAACGGCAUCAGCGGCGUUUUCCCAGCCAGCUCCGUGCAGGUCAUCAAGCACCUGCCCCUGCCCCGCCCGCUCUACAGCCUGGACCUGCGGGGCCGGGCCACUGCGGACAGCAAGGACAUCCUGACCUUCCAGAAGCCCAGCAGCGCUGCUCAGCAGCUCCUGCAGGCCAGCAAAAGCCACUGGUCCCCCCAGUCCAAGGGCGCGUCCCUGCAAACGGCGUCUCCCAAGGCCAAGGCCACGGACUCGGCGGCUUUCCCCAAGGUGCCUGACUCCAGACGGAAAAGUCUGCGGCAGUUCUCCAUCACCACGGCCCUCAACACCCUGAACCGCAUGGUGCACUCGCCCACCGACCGCCCGGCGCUGGAGAUCAGCUCCCCCGUGCUCAUCAGCUCCAGCAACCCCAGCGUGGCCACCCAGAGCAGCGAGAAAGCCGAGCCCCCCUACGGGACCCCUCUCCAGGUCAGCACCUCUUACUACCCCUCACCAGGACCACUGGGGCCUCCAGCAGCCAUCGUCACCCUGCCCCACCUGCAGCAGCACGGGCCAGCUUACCUGUGCGUGGCUCUCCACUCCUACACCGCUCAGGCACCGGACGAGCUGGAGCUGCAGAAGGGAGAAGGGGUCCGUGUCUUCGGCAAGGACCAGGACGGGUGGCUGCGGGGCAUGUCCCUGGUCACGGGCAGAGUCGGCCUCUUCCCCGGCAACUACGUCACCCCCCUCUUCAGGAAAUCUAGUCUCUCCGAGUCCAAGAUGCCUUCCCUGUACACCUCAUGGACGCUGUCGACCUCCUCGCUGUCGUCGCAAGGGAGCGUGUCCGAGAAGGGCCCG